AUCUAUCUUAACACCAACAGCAGUAAGUCGAAACAUUAAAAAUAAGUUAAAAAAGAUGGCAUAACUCUGGUGGAAAUCAUUGUCCAAGAUGGGCUGCGGUGGUUCCAAAGAUGACGUCAACACGCAGGCCCAAGGUAAAGGAAAGGCCCAAGGAGGAAAGGCUGUGGGUGGCAGAAAAGGGACUGUCAAGAACCAACAGCAGGGAAAUAAAGGUGGGAAGGGGAAAGUUAACGAAGUAAGAGAACCAGUCAACGAAAAAGGUUAUAAGGGAAAACCACAGAAAGAAAUAGGAUACUUGAAACGAAUUCGAGAACAAUUGAGGCAAGCUGCCACAAACUCGGACAUCGAGGAGCUGGAACAUGCCAUAGCUAUGUUCGAGAAGAAUAAGUUGGAAGACAAUGGCGACUACACAGACGCCACAGAGAGGCUCAAAUUUUUAUAUCUUAGAAAAGAACUUCGUGAUGCAAUAUUACGACGUCAUCCAGGCAUUUUAGACAAAGCAAUCGAAAGAGUGGAAGCCUCGGAGUACGUUUCCGAGUUAAGUCAACCUCUUGACACAGCUAAAAGGCUGCGCGAGCAUUUGACGGAACUUGAUCAGUAUCGCCAUGAUAUCCUCGAAAUGGACCAAUCAACGAUCUCGGAGAUACGAAGCUAUCAUCACCCACCAGAUGGCGUCCAUGAGGUCAUGAUGGGAACGUAUAUGUUACUUGGUUAUGACGAGGAAAAACUAAGUGACUGGACUGAUGUACAAUGCCUCCUAGGUCGAUAUGGAAAAGAGAGUUUAAUAAGGGAAGUUCGAAACGCAGAUACCAUUAAUAUAAAUUCUAAAACAAGUCAAAGAGUUCUGAAGAUGCAGUCUAAAUUUUCACUAGAACAAAUUCGGGGAGUCAGCAAUGGAGCAGCAACCUUCUAUGUCUGGAAUACCAAUAUGGCGAAUAAAUCUGACAAAGAUAGGCAACAAGAGCAGCAACCUAGCCAGACUCCUACACCGGGCAAACAAAGCGGCAAAACAACGCCUGCGCAGAAGAACAACAAACAAGCAAAGCCAAACUCAAAAAAUGUUCAGCCGAACGUAAAAGACAAAAAUCAACCGCCACCUAAUGCAAAAGCUGAUACUAAACCAAAGGAUAAAAAUCAACCACAGCCUAAGGCAAAGGAUAAAAAUCAACCUCAGCCUAAAGCAAAGGAUAAAAAUCUAGCUAAUAGUAAUCCAAAAGAUAAAAACCAACCAAACCCCAAAGCUAACAAUCCGACACAGGCUAAUGCUAAGGACAAAGGUCCGGCACAGCCUAGCACGAAAGAUAAAAAUCAACCUAAUUCUAACCCAAAGGAUAAAAACCAACCCCAGCAUAAGGCAGUGGACAAAAAUCAGCCUAAUGCUGACCCCAAAAAUAAAAACCCGGCGCAGCCUAAUACAAAGGACAAAAACCAAACACAGCCAAAGACGACGGACAAAAAUCAGCCCAAUGCAAACUUAAAGGAUAAAAACACGGCACAGCCUAAUACGAAGGACAAAAACCAACCCCAGCCGAAUGCAGUGGACAAAAAUAAGCCUAAUGCUAACUCAAAGGAUAAAACCCCGGCGCAGUCUAAUGCAAAGGACAAAAACCAACAGCCAAAGACGGUAGAUAAAAAUCAGUCAAAUCCUAACCCAAAGCAUAAAAAUCCGGUGCAGCCCGAUGCAAAGAAUAAAAAUCAAGCAACGCCAAAAGCGCCUAAUGAAAAUGAUAACAAGCAGUCUGAUACAAAGAAAAAUUCUUCUAAAGCUAACGCAUCUAAUGAUAUAAAUCAAGUUCAAAAGAAUUCAAAACCCCAGGUCAGUUCGAAUUCACAAGUUCAGUCGAACCCUCAAGGUAAUACUUCAAAACCAAAAUCAGAUCCUCAGCAAACUACGACAGACAGGAAGAAAACGAAGGGAUGAUGAUCAUAGAAUAAAAUGAACUUUGGGAACUAGAUAGUGCGCAGAACUGCUUUACAAAAAAUUAAUUCAAUAUUUUCAUAGGCAUGCAUUUGUUAGAUAAAAACAAUUUUGGAGCUUUUUUUGGUGGGUGAUUUCUUUUUCACGCAAGUAGAAGCUCCAUCUUUGGAGUCAGUUAACCUCCUUUAACAUAGUAAAAUACACAUUUUUUGCUUUUGGUGGAAAUAACAAGAAGGGUCUAACUCAACAAUUGCCAUAUCGUUUGAGAAGGAAAAAACAAAUUCUUGAUUCUCGCUAAAGCCAGUUAUUAGGGAAAAAACUUGCAAAAGUUGGAUAGUGGAAAUGACAGAAAUCUGGUUGAAUAUUAAUGUUCACUUUGAAGUCGCCUAUUGCUGCAAUGACGUCACGCACGCAAAUAUUCUAGUGACCAAUUACGCCAAUUUUCAGAUACUCAUAUCUUUUGCUUACGGGCACGAAGCCUUUAAAAAAAUCUGUGAUAUUCUGUACAUAGCACUUACAAUUUAUGAUUUGUAUUUUCGACAUGAUACACAUGUAUUGAGAUA